AUGUUUGGAGUUACACAACCACUAAUAAGAAUGCUGGAAAAGGGUGAAAAUAUAUCGAAUUCUGAUGAACAAUCUUUAAUACCGGCUUUAUCAAUAUUUAUAACAUUGAUGAUGAAUGCAUUGAAAAUAGUUGACGAUGACGAUUUCCAAAAUGGUGGUCUUGGAGAUACUGUUUUUCCUCUUACACUAAACCAAGUGGCUGAUAUAGUCGUUCAUUGUCGUGAUCUUACACUUGGCUUAAUCGAUCUCGCAUUUCCUAUUAAUAUUGGACCAUUCCAGCAAUCUAUGAUGAAGAGUUCAAAAUGGGCUAAUUUAUUUCAGGAUGUCACCUUGUUAACGAAAGCAUUACACGAACGAGAUAAUCGAGUUUGUGUCAUGCCGCACAAUUUUUGGUCCAAUCAUAAUAGAAAUGUUGUCGUCAAUUCUUCACUGUGGCAAAGUGAAUAUGGUCGUCGACGUCGCGCAAGACGUCCAUUUGAAUUUGUGCGUUUUUUGCUUGAUAAUAGAGAUUCGGAUGCUAAUGAAGACCCUCCAAGUGUCAGUGAGUUGCGUAAUUUAUCGAUCAUCCGCAAUAUUCCUUUCGUUAUUCCUUUUAUGCAGCGAAUUGAGAUUUUCACAGAAUUGCUUCUAAGAGAUCGAAUACGUAAUGAUACAGGCCGAAAUAGGCAUUUUAUCGCUGUACACAGAGCAACUUUGUACGAAGAUGCAUUUAGAGCGUUACAGCCUCACCUUGUUCCCGAUAUGAAAUCAACAAUUCGUGUACAGAUGGUAAAUUGGGCAGGACUAGAAGAAGCUGGCGUUGAUGGUGGUGGCAUUUUUAGGGAAUUCCUUUUUGAACUUCUUCAGACCGCUCUUGAUCCAUCUCGUGGUUUUUUUGCUACAACCCAUGAACAGCUUUUAUAUCCAAACCCUUUGGCACCAUUUCUUUAUCCGAAUAAUUUUGUUGAUCAUUUUUAUUUCAUCGGUCGAAUUAUUGCUAAGUUAAUAUAUGAAGGUUUACUGGCUGACAUUCGUUUUGCAAAUUUCUUCUUGCUGCAGUGGAUGGGAAAUCCGGACGGAACAGUUCUGGAUUUGGAAUUAGUUAAAUCAUAUGAUCCUCUUUUGCACAAAAAUCUGAAGUUUUUGAAGCGUUGCUCAACAGAAGAAAUCGAAAAUCUUGAUCUUGAUUUCAGUGUUAUGACUGAUAAUUUCGGCGUGACGGCGAAGGUAGAAUUAAAGAAAGAUGGUAGUUGCAUCAAAGUAACAGCAGACAACAGAAUGGAAUAUAUACAGUUAUAUGUUAAUUACUAUCUUUCCAAGCGACUUUCACCGAUGAUUGCCGCGCUUCGUAGUGGUUUGAGGAAUGUUAUAGAUCCUGAAUGGUUGCGAAUGUUCUCGCCGUUAGAAAUUUCAAUGUUGGUUGGCGGUAGUGAUUCAGAAAUUGAUUUCAAUGAGCUAAAAAAAUUCACGACUGUACAUAACAUAAAGUCAGAACAUGACCAACAGUACAUGGAUCUAUUCUGGUUGGUUAUCAAUGGUUUUUCAUCUGGAGACAAAAAGAAGCUGUUAAAAUUUAUAACUGGUUGUCCACGACCACCCAUAAUGGGUUUUAAGACUUUAACACCGCCAAUGGGUAUUCAGCUCGUCCAUGACGUUGAUAAACUACCGACUGCUGCAACAUGUAUGAAUUUGUUGAAGCUGCCACUAUAUGAUAAUGCUGAAACGUUGCGUCGUAAACUAAUCUAUGCAGUAAAUUGUGGAGCUGGUUUCGAACUUUCAUGA